CAAAGCCCAAAAGGAGACGUUAAACGUGACAUAUAACAAAGCAACAAAAAGCUGAUGUGCUUAACUAAGGUCAUCUUACGUUAUACCUGUCCUCUUCCCCCAUUUUUAACGCUCCUUUUUUUCUCUUUCUAAAAAUUAAAAAAAAAAAUGGGAAGGGAAAGCCAUCUGUUCAUAAACCAUCGCCAACAAAAUCACCAUUGACACUUGUGAUCAAUUUCUCAAAAACCCUAAAAUUUUCUCUAAUCAAUCAUUCAUCAUUGUCCGAAUUUCCGACCCAUUUCAUCUAAAAUGCAUCUCAAUUAACUAACUACAUUCUAAACAAGGUGGAAAAAUAUACACAACUUGAUCAUCGAUUUCACCCUGUUUCUGCAAAGCAAUUUUGAUCCUUUCUCGUCUAGGUUUGGUGGGUUUGAUUUGUUUCCAUGGCUGUCGAAACUGAAAUUUCUGAUGAGACGGCUGUGGAAGCUCCUCUUGUUGUUCAGUCCCCAUCAAACACUGACACUCAUGAGAAGGUGAAGGAGAAAGAUGAAUGUAUCGCCGAUGAAUCGAUUGACAUCGAUAAUAUGUUUUCCACUUUGAAACUGAAUCCGAUGGCCAAAGAGUUCAUCCCUUCGUCAUACUUGAAGGAUCUCAAUCGCGAUCAGUUUCCUGUUAACAAUUUUGAUCUCGUUAAUGUGGGUUAUCCCACGAAUUCUCGAAGGAGAAGGAAUGGAUAUUAUAAUAACCAGGGAGGAAGAAGGAGAAUUGGGAGAUCUUUCAAAGCUCAAAGAGAAGACAGCAUCAGAAGAACAGUCUAUGUUUCUGACCUUGAUCACAAUAUCUCUGAAGAACAACUUGCUGCUUUGUUCAAUGAGAACUGUGGACAGGUUGUUGAUUGUCGAAUCUGUGGCGAUCCACAUUCACUUCUUCGCUUUGCAUUCGUGGAGUUUAAUGAUGAACGAUGUGUACUAAAUGCUCUGAGUUUGUAUGGAACACUGAUUGGUGUCAACCCGAUUAAGGUUUUGCCUUCGAAAACUGCUAUUCUUCCGGUGAAUCCCACUUUUCUUCCUCGGUCAGAAGAUGAAAAGGAAAUGUGUGCAAGGACUGUUUACUGUACAAAUAUUGACAAACAGAUAUCUCAAGCUGAUGUGAAAAGUUUCUUUGAAAAGAGCUGUGGAGAGGUUUCUCGUUUGAGGCUUUUGGGAGAUAAUGUUCACUCAACUCGUAUUGCCUUUGUGGAGUUUAAUGAUGCGGUGAGUGCCAUUCAAGCACUAAACUGCAACGGGAAGAUGUUGGGAACAUUACCCGUAAGGCUGUCUCCUUCAAAAACGCCUGUAAGGCUGAGUUCGCCUAGUCCAACUGCUGCUGACUAAGCCGAGCAUUGGUUGUUAAAGAGGGAAGCAUUCGUGUAUGGAGUGGAGUCGAGUCGAAAUCUUUCCUUCCUUUCCCGAGUUAAUUUCCAUUUCUUUUCCUUUUUUCCCUUUGCAACUGUAACUAUCUGAAUUAUCUUUGCUUCGGUUUGGUUGUUCCUUCUCUUGGGGAUUGGUAUAUGUGCAAACUUUUGUUGUUCUUUGGAUGCAUGCAAUAUAUGAUGAACUUGGGUA